UGCAACAAGGCGAGCAGCUGAGCAUCGCUAAUGACUUGAGGAUGCUUGUGUUCGCAUCUGUAGUUGACAGUGUCAUGUGUCUCUUUUCGGCAGGUAAAUGAGACGCCAAUGAAGUCUAAAGAUGUAUAGUUUUUUAAAGUAGCUACUAUGAUCUACAUUUUUUUUCAUUAAAAUAGGUGGCUACAAAUCGUAUCUGGAAAUUCGAAAAUACGCAUAGGAUGAUUAUUUUCUUCAAAGGACCGAAAUGAGGAAUGUAAAUGUCAGUCAGAAAAUAUAGAUUUGUUUAUUGGCACGAUACUUUAGAUAUAUAAAACAUUUGGUUGUUUCCACCCAAACAUUUAACAACAUUGUUGUUUGUUUAUCUACACUGGCCUUACGCUUAUUCGUUUGCAACGUGACUGUUAAUUAUAUAUCUAAACCUGUACAAUGCAAACGAUACAACAUUGAUUAACAUGGGCUCGACGCGCCGUCACGCGCAAAAGGUGCCAGAAAUGAAGAGAACACACUUGCUGAUGAGGGGAGCACCGUAGUAAGGAUCUCGGAUGGGCAGAUGAAAACAAGUGGCAAAACCACUCUCUGUCAGAAAUGGCCAAAAACACAUCCCUAUAUUUCCGUAUUGUAGAGGGCAGGAGCCUACCAGCCAAAGACGUCUCUGGGACCAGUGACCCAUAUUGCAUUGUAAAAGUGGACAAUGAAGUUGUGGCCAGGACAGCCACAGUGUGGAAGAAUCUUAACCCUUUCUGGGGAGAAGAAUACACACUGCACCUCCCAACGGGGUUCCACUCACUCUCCUUCUAUGUCAUGGAUGAGGACACUAUUGGCCAUGAUGACGUCAUUGGAAAGAUAUUGCUGAGCAAAGACGCCAUCGGGGCCCAGGCUAAAGGGUUGGAUAACUGGCUGAAUCUAACCCGGGUGGACCCAGAUGAGGAAGUGCAGGGGGAGAUCCACCUGGGUCUGGAGCUUCUCAGAGAUGCCAAGAGGAUAGGACUGCGCUGCCAUUUCAUAGAGGCCAGAGACCUGGCGCCAAGAGACAUCUCUGGAACCUCUGACCCCUUUGCCAGAAUCCUCUUCAAUAACCACAGUGCAGAAACUUCGAUCAUUAAGAAGACUCGUUAUCCACACUGGAGUGAGACCCUGGAGCUGGAGCUGGAGACCUGGGAGCUGACUGAGGGAGGGAAUGUCACAGUGGAAGUCUGGGACUGGGACAUGGUGGGCAAGAAUGACUUCCUGGGAAAGGUGGAAAUCCCUUUUGCUUGCCUGCACAAGACACCUGUGUUGCAGGGUUGGUUUCGUCUGCUGCCCCUGGGAAACCAUGAGGAUGAUGCAGGAGGUAAGCUGGGUGCGCUGCGUCUUAAGGUGCGUCUGGUGGAGGACCGUAUCCUGCCCUCCAUGUACUACCAGCCUCUCAUUGACCUGCUGGUGGAGUCUGUCAUCUCUCCUGCUGAGGUGGAGGACAGCAGCCCUCUGACCAUGCUGGAGGAGGUGACCACGGUUGAGAGCCGGCAGGAUGUGGCCAUGACCCUGGUCAAGAUCUACCUGGGCCAGGGCCUGGUGGUUCCCUUUCUGGAUUACCUCAGCACCCGUGAGGUCAACCAUACUUCGGAUCCAAACACCUUGUUCCGGUCCAACUCUCUAGCUUCUAAAGCCAUGGACCAGUUCAUGAAGGCUGUGGGGAUGCUGUACCUUCAUGAGGUCCUGAAGCCCAUCAUUAACCGCAUCUUUGAGGAGAAGAAGUACAUUGAGCUGGACCCGUGUAAAAUUGACCUGAACAGAACCAGGCGUAUCUCAUUUAAAGGUGCGGCGUCUGAGGCUGAGGUGAGGGAGAGCAGUGUGGAGAUGCUGCAGGGCUAUCUGUCCAUCGUCGUAGAGUCCAUCGUGGGGUCAGUUGCCCAGUGCCCUCCCGUGAUGAGGGUGGCCUUUAAACAGCUGCACAAGAGGGUGGAGGAGCAGUUCCCUGAGCCAGAGAACGAGGAUGUGAAGUAUCUGGCCAUCAGUGGAUUCUUCUUUCUGCGUUUCUUUGCCCCUGCUAUCCUCACACCCAAGCUAUUCCACUUGAGGGAUCAGCAUGCAGAUACACGCACCAGCAGGACACUAUUACUGCUUGCCAAGGCAGUGCAGAGUGUGGGGAAUCUGGGCUUGCAGCUGGGCCACGGCAAGGAGCUGUGGAUGGAGCCCCUGCAUCCCAUCAUCCUUUGCAGCGUGGCCUCUGUUAAAGACUUCCUGGACAAGCUCAUCGACAUAGACCAAGAUAGUGUGUCUGAGGUGCCCCAGAGGGCUGUGUUCCUGCCCUCAGUGACAGUGAAGGAGGGCUAUCUCCAGAAGCACAAGGCCGAGGGCCCCCAGCUCCUGUCCCGCUUUGCCUUCAAGAAGCGAUACUUCUGGCUGAGCAGUGAGACCCUGUCGUACGCCAAGACUCUGGACCUCUGGCAGGUGCGUUCCUCCAUCCCCAUCCAGUGUGUGUGUGUCGUGGAGAGAGUGGAUGAGAAUGCCUUCCAACAGCAGCAUGUGAUGCAGGUCGUCGCCAAGGACAACGAUGGACAGAUCCACACCAUCUAUAUCCAGUGCAAGAAUGUGAAUGAGUUGAACCAGUGGCUGUCAGCCAUCAGGAAGGCCAGUAUCUACAACGAGCGCAUGCUGCCCUCCUUCCACCCGGGGGCGUACCGCAGUGGGAAGUGGACAUGCUGCCUACAGGCCAACCGCGCUACUUUAGGUUGCAGUCGCACUCACUCUGCAGUGACUCUGGGUGACUGGAGUGACCCACUGGAUCCAGACGCAGAGACUCAGACCAUCUACAAACAGCUUCUUCAGGGAAGAGACAAACUCAGGAAGCAGUAUUUGGAGGCUGAGACGACCCCAGAGGAAGAGAAGAGACUGAACUCUGGGCUGCUGACUGAUGGAGCAGACAGUAGUGGGCAGCUCCUGAAGCACAGGCAGGCUGCAGCGGCUCGGCUGCUGGGGGUGGUUCUGGAUCUGGAGCAGGCCCAUGCCACCUUCCAGCAGAGGGAAAGAGAGGAGGGAGGCAGCCUCAUCCUGACCCUCUAGACGGGGCCUUCCCAGCAGCAUGAGCCCGGGCCUGAGGGGGAGAGCAGCUUCCUGCAUCAGUCACAACUGUGUAGGAAAGCUAAGUGAUCGCAGAAGGAAGGCAGUGUCUCCCUUCUCCCUGUCAUAUUGUCUGUUACAUGUGAUAUCAAGAGGAACUUUCUUCUCAUCCAGAUCACUUCUUCAAAAGACAAAAUGUAGAGGAUGCCAAGCCCACUCUGCUACCUUCUUUUCCAUGGACGUUUGACAUCAUACGCAGGUUUUCAGCUGUGGCAGAGGGGCAAUCUAGUGACAUAACUGAUUGCUACAGGCCUUGCAUGCAGAUUGACUGCCACAUAUUAACUUCUGCUACUCUCACAAAGCUUGGGCUCUUGUCGAUUGAGCAGGACACAAACUGUUAUGUGGAUCAGAGCUGAAGGAGGGGUUGGACAUCGUGUGUCAUUCGGUGGUACUGCGUUAUUGCAUGGCUAUAAUGUAAUGCAUGCCCUGCAUCCAGCGUUUGUGAAAUGUGAGGAAAAUGCUUUUAUAUUCAAUAUUGUCAUACCUUGAAGGAGGACGAUUAUGCAAUCUACUCUAGUUUUAGCUGAAUUUACCUGAAUGUAUGCUAUUUGGAUAUUGCUUUUAUUGAUGUUUUUUACUCUCUAAUUGUAUAUAUUUCAAUUGAGAACCGCCACAAUGUAGCAGUGAGAUUUGGUGUUCAUGUCACUGAGGACAUUGCGCUGUGAGAUGCCUAAGUAAAUGUUAUUAAUACAACGGCACACGCGCCAUAAUUGCCUGAACAGUCACGUGUUUGCUAUUAGGAUAUUGUUUUCACUGUUGCCAUGGACACCUGAGAUGAAUAUUUAGUGAAGCUUGUGUUUGGUACUGUUGCUCUGUGCAUGUAUGUGGAGUAACUCAAACACAAAGCUGUGGCUUUGAUAGAAUACAUAUUUGACAUAUACAGUAUAGGGUUCACAGUUGAUUAGUUAAUUGGUUAACGUGUCUUUGUAGCAGUACUACUGACUCCAGUCAAUCCAGUGAUGUGUGUUUGCACUUCUUCUCAGGUGUUGCAUUUUAAGAGAGCUGAUUUUGAGUGAAGUGUCAUACAGUAACUGCAGUGGUGGAAAGUACUUAAGUAACAAUACUUUAAAGUACUACUUAAUUUGUUUUUUUGAGGUAUCUGUACUUUACUUUACUAUUUAUAUUUUUGACUACUUUUACUUUCACUUCACUACAUUUCUUAAGAAAAUAAUGUACUUUUUACUCCAUACAUUUUCUUUGACACCCAAAAGUACUCGUUACAUUUUGAAUGCUUAGCAGGACAGGAAAAUAGUCAAUAUCACACACUUAUCAGCCGAACAUCCCUGGUCAUCCCUAGUGCCUCUGAUCUGGCGGACUCACUAAACUCACAUGCUUGGUUUGUAAAUGAUGUCUGAGUGUUGGGAGUGUGCCCCUGGCUUUCUGAACAAUUUAAAAAACAAUCAAAUGGAGCCAUCUGGUUUGCUUAAUAUAAGGAAUUAGAAAUCAUUUAUACAUUUACUUUUGAUACUAUUUUAAACCAAAUACUUUUUGACUUUUACUCAAGUAGAAUUUUACUGGGUGACUUUUACUUGAGUAAUUUUCUAUUAAGGUAUCUUUACCUUUUGUCAAGUAUGACAGUUGGGUACUUUUUCCACCACUGAGUAGCUGUCAUGCGUUUAAUGAAAAUGGGACAUAUUAUGUAGAUAAUUUCUGUUCUACUUCAGUUGGGCUCUCUGUGGAGAGCUGUUGACUCUUAACAGUAUGACCAUAUCCUGUCUCAGCCAUUUCAGCAUCGAUGUACACUACAAGACAUUUCAUAUGCUGUACCUUAUAAUUUGUAUACAAUUAUGUUUUUCCUCCACAGUUUUGACCAAAUUCAGGUUGCUUGUUUCGAGCUCAGAGAGGUGAGGAGUCAGACUCCAAGUGUGUGAGUUGUCUUGCGUGGAAUGGUGUGUGCCAUUUGAAAUGCUUUUCUGUGGAGAUGUGGGAUAUGUUUCAGAUGUCAAACUGUGUGUUGUCUUUAUUUUGGUAAUAGUUUAUUUAAUUAGUCACAAGGAAGAAUAUUUUAUUUCGAUCAGACUUGUCGAUCAAGAGAGAAAAGCCAAACUUAUUAGAAUUUUACAAUUUCACUUAUACAAAUGAUCUUGAACUGUUAUCCAGAUCGAUUUUUGACCUAUUAUUGUAAUCUGUUUUGUAAAUUGUAUUCUCUACAUUCCAAAUUGAAUUUUCAAUGGUUUGCCAUCUUUGGAAGCUUAUUUUAGGCCACUGUUGUAUUCCACAGAAAUUCACCAAGCAUGCACUCAAUUUCAAAUCUGGACAAAUAUUGAAUGUUGCUCAUUGACUUGGUAUGUGCUGAAAGAGAGCUGCAAUUUUGAAAAUGAGCUUCAAUUUGAGUGCUUACACAAAGUUACUGCAUGUACAAAGUGGGUGGUUACAGAUGAGUGGUAACAUCAGCUAUAUUACUGUGAACUGUAUUGGAAAUAUUCAGUAAAAUGGAAUGAUACCA